AUGCCGAUCACGCCUGCUGCGGAGCAGUUGUCGCUUUUCUUACAGUGCGCCAUUUUUGCAAUCCUCAAGGUUCAAGGCCUGUACGACGCGAAGAGCUUUCAUCGCUGCCGCUGUUUGGGUGCCGAUGUUUGGUGGAGCCAUUGUGUCGAAGUGGAGGACUACGUGGUCUCCCUGUGCGAAUCCCUCCGUCCAGCUCUGAACCGCGACCGGAUCAAGUCAGUGACGAUUCUCCUCAGACCGGGGCCUUCUGCGGGCCGUUCCCGCGAGACGGGCGGGCGGCUAGUGGUGUCCUUCCCCGCGAAGCUGCCUGAGAACGUGGACGUUUCAGAGUUAAGAUCAGCACUUGUGACUCUUGAAAGCUGCCUGGCCGUCCCGAUGGACUGUUCCACCUGGCAAGUCCUGGUCGAAACCUGGCCAGCUCCUUGUGGCGAGCGGCGCCAGGAGCCCCUGGCCCCACGCUGGCGCUCCCGUGAGCCUUUGCCUGGAAGAUCUCCCUCAACGAUGACGCCGAUCGGAAGCAUCGAAGGGAGCCCUGGCCCCAUUGCCGUAUCCUUGCACAUGGAGGAUGCAGAGGUCGAGUCCAAUGUGCUGAUGAUUUCGUCUCAAGAUGAGACGCCAAAACGACUUCAUUGA